CCUAGUACCAGGAGCUGAUCUUACCAAGACCCAACAAAGACCAGGCCCAUGGAGAGAUGGCUUAGAGAUAAAGGUGCUUGCCUGCAGAGACAAAGGACCUAGGUUCGAUUCUCCAGGACCCACAUAAGCCAGCUGCACAAGAUUCAUUUCUUUCUGGACGCCCGGACCAGAUGCAUUGCUGAGAAAGGCCAAUGGCAGCCUGCACAGCACAGGGCUCCAGGUCUCAGUGGGAGCCUCCUUUGGAGAUAGCCCCUGGGUGGACGCCAGAGAUUCCAGCCUUUACUGGGUGAAGCCACUGAGCCUGACAUGCUCGUGAGGAGGUGGUGUGGGUGCCGCUGUGGGAGAAGCAGGCUCUUCGACUUGGCUUCGUGGUCCUGGGCCCGGCUCUGUGAGGUGGGCCCUUCUGCUAGGGCCCCAAGUGGGCUCCAUGGCAUUUUCUGAACUCCUAGACCAAGUUGGGGACCUGGGAAGAUUCCAGGUCCUCCAGACAGUGGCCCUGGUGCUCCCCAUUAUGUGGGUCACCUCUCAGAAUAUGCUGGACAACUUUUCAGCUGCUGUACCAAGCCACCGCUGCUGGGUGCCCCUCCUGGACAAUAUCACCACCCAGGCAAGUGUACCCGGGGACCUGAGUCCUGAUGCCCUCCUGGCUAUCUCUAUCCCACUGGGUCCCAAUCAGCGGCCCCACCAGUGCCGCCGCUUCCGUCAACCGCAGUGGCAGCUCCUGGACCCCAAUGUCACAGCUGCCAACUGGAGCGAGCCUGCAACAGAGCCAUGCGUGGACGGCUGGGUCUAUGACCGAAGUAUCUUCACAUCCACCAUCGUGACCACGUGGGACCUGGUGUGUGACUCCCAGGCCCUGAAGCCCAUGGCCCAGUCCAUCUUCCUGGCCGGGAUCCUGGUGGGAGCCGCAGUAUGUGGCCCCACCUCCGAUAGGUUUGGGCGCAGGAUGGUGCUGACCUGGAGCUACCUUCAGGUGGCUGUGUCGGGCAUGGCGGCUGCCUUCAUCCCCACCUUCCCCCUCUACUGCCUGUUCCGUUUCCUGGUGGCCUUCGCCGUGGCGGGCAUCAUGAUGAACACAGGCACUCUCUUGAUGGAGUGGACAUCAGCACAGACUCGCCCCUGGAUGAUGACCUUGAACUCCAUGGGGUUCAGCUUCGGCCAGGUCCUCACGGGUGCCGUGGCCUACGGUGUGCGCCGCUGGUCACUGUUGCAGCUUACAGUCUCUGCCCCCUUCUUCCUUUGGUUUGUGUACUCAUGGUGGCUCCCAGAAUCUGCACGCUGGCUCCUCACUAUGGGCAAGCUAGAUCGGGGCCUUCAGGAACUACAGAGGGUGGCAGCCAUCAAUAGGAAGAGGACAGCGGGGGACACACUAACCAUGGAGGCCUUGCUGUCAGCCAUGCGGGCAGAGCUGAGCGGAGACCAGGCUCCUGCCAGGGUGAGUUUGCUGUUCCGCACACCUGCUCUGCGCCUCCGGACCUGCGUCUCCAUGCUGUGCUGGUUCGCUUUCGGCUUCACAUUCUACGGCCUGGCCCUGAACCUACAGACUCUGGGAAGCAACAUCUUCCUGCUCCAGGUGCUCAUCGGGGUGGUCGACCUCCCGGUCAAGAUGAGCAGCCUGCUGCUGCUCAACCGCUUGGGCCGGCGCCUCUCGCAGGCCGGGUUCCUGGUGCUGCCUGGACUCUGCAUCCUGGCCAACAUGCUGGUGCCCCAAGAGAUGGGGCUCCUACGUUCAGCCCUGGCAGUGCUGGGGCUGGGAUCGCUGGGAGCCGCCUUCACCUGCGUCACCAUCUUCAGUGGUGAGCUUUUCCCCACAGUGCUCAGGAUGACAGCAGUGGGUUUGGGCCAGAUGGCAGGCCGAGGGGGAGCCAUUCUGGGGCCUCUGGUGCAGUUGCUGGACACCCACGGCCGCUGGCUGCCACUGCUGGUGUAUGGGACCGUGCCAUUGCUCAGUGGCCUGGCAGCAUUGCUCCUACCUGAGACCCAGAACUUGCCACUGCCCGACACCAUCCAAGACGUACAGAACCAGGCAGUAAAGAAGGUGACACAUAUCAUACCAGGGAGCACCAUCAUGAAAUCUACACGGUUCUAGCCUCCCAGGGAGCUGUGAUGGGACCAGCAGAGGAGAGGGAGAAGAGGAGGAGGAGGAGUAAGGGAAGGAGGAGGAAAAGGAAGCAGAAGAUUGGAGAAAGAGGAGGGGGGAAGAGAAGAAGGGAUAAUGAAGAAGGAGGAAGGAAGAAGAAAAGGGAGAAGAAAGAAGAGGAAGACGGUUUCUUCUGUCCUCAGAGUCAGCUGAGGGAGAGGGCUCCAUUUUGAGGAGUCUCUGGGCUGCUUCCCGCUAACACAGAAGGGGUAAAGAGAAAGCUUGAUUGGAGGAGGCUGCCUCCACACUGUCAUCCCCCUGCGGCUGCACAGCAAUGAGAGGCCUGAGGUUGCGGAUACCUAGUGUUCACUGCCCCAUCUGUCCACCUGCCCCAAGGCUCAGAACUACCCCCUGUGUGCAGGGGCACCGAUGAAGCUAGUGACACCCUGACCCAAGCUUGGAACCAUACCUCUGUCCCCAACCACCUGCCAGCAGAGAAGUCCCUGAGAACCACUGGUUCCAUGGCCUCAUGUCUUAGUUUAUACAUCGAGCUACCCAGAGGGACAUGGGAUUGGGGAAAGAGAAAAAAAAAAAAAAUGGGAAUCGAUGACUAGUGACCCCCUCACUCUUCCAAGGCUGGGGAGAGGACUGGGGACUCCUGGCCGGGUGGACUUCCCCGGGCUGGCUUUCUAGCACUCUGGGCCAGGCGGAGGGAUGCCAUUUCCAGCCUUGUCAUGGGCCAGGCACCAUGCUAGGCUUCUCAGAGGACCAUCUCAUAUCAUCCCUCUCUGAACCUUCUCGCAGCUGCAGUUCAAAGAAACAGCCCAUGACACAAUCAGGAUACAAGACCUGGCCUCUAGUCUCCUGAGCCCAGCUCUAGCCUCACCAUCUGGGCUUUCUAAAACACUUGCAGGGGUCCAUUUCUCUCAGAACAAAUCAGGGCCCUUCAGGGUGUCCCAGUACUGCUCAUGCGAGAGGCAGCGCAGUGUUUCACAGGGGACACACAGUACCUGGUAGGCCCCCAUCAACUUCACUGCCUGGGGCCACACUCAUCAGCCUCUAUAUCCAUAUGUGGCCACUCCCAGGCACCUCAACACGGAGCCAACACACACACACACACAGAGAGAGAGAGAGAGAGAGUGAGAGAGAGGGAGAGAGAGAGACUGGCAGGAAACUGCAAUCCUUUGCCUAAGAGACAAUCCACCAGCUGUUUUAACAGCUGCAAGCCCCUGGGCCUCUGCGGGGGAGGGGGCACCCCUUACAUCCUUUGGCCUCUUGUUAGCGAGACCUCUGAGGGCAGGACAGAGGUAAGGAUCAUGUCUGAACAGAAAUCUCGGAACAAACUUGUCUGCCUGCUGCCCCACUCAGGCCCCCCAAUUCACUAAGACAAGUCAGAACUGUGCCUCUACCCACAGUAGCCAGAAUCUGAUGCCUGGGAGACAUCACCAUGCCCUGCAUGGCUGCGGGUAUGAACUCAGCAGCCACCCAACGGGAGGCCUCCAAUUGGCCACACCCAUUUUGUCAUGUCCAUUACAGGGGCUCCUAACCUUAAAGCUUUUGGGAACACUCCACAAAAGAGCCUGUGACCACCUGGUUAUCUCAUCCACAUGGGAGCAGAGUCCUUGGGCAGCCAGACUCUAGGAUGGGGGCUUGUGACCCCUUUUAUCCAUUCUCCUGACCCCAGCCAGGCCUACAGCGCACCCUAUAAGAUGUGUGUGGAGGAGGAGCACUGAGCACUACAGUCUGUUUUUCCACCACCAGAAGACCUCUGCACAAGACAAACUGAUGCCCCUUCCCUGGGAGCUUGGGCAGCUGAGCAGAUCUUCUAGGUCCAAGGAUAUGAGUCAGAAUUUACCGUAAGCAUCUUCCCUGAGCCCCUCUCCUUUGUGCCCAAGAGGGAAUCAUCUGACAUACCCCAGCAAGGUCGCCUCAGGAGCCUGGAUGCCUGGAAUUUCAGCCACCUCCAGAUGGCAUUUGGGCCUCUCCUGGGGUCACUGCUCAACAAGCCAGACGCCAAGGAACCCUGCUCAGACCCAAGUGCUACAUUCCACCUUUAAUACACGGGAAGGACAUUGAGACUGAAAGGCAGGUGACUGUCUCUUAUAUGGGACAGUAAAUUGAGUCAUUAGGCAAAUCCAUAAAUCCUUCCUCUUACAACCAAGCCCUUUAGUGACAGGAACUUUUAACUUCCUUGUUCUAAUAUGGAAGAUGGUUUCCUGAUUACAUAGCAACCAGAAGGACAGAAGCCAUCCUUCCAACUCCAGGACUAUACCCUACCUCCUGUGGGGGCGGGGAGGGAGGGACACUCUUAACAGCUACUAGAGGAAAGACAUUCCUUCCCUUCUUGUCACAUAGGAACUCCUGCUGCUAGUUUUCUUUUAAUGGUAAUGAGAGGAGGACCACCUAAGAGAAAGCUUGUGCUCUGGCAGACAACAGUGAUAAAAGACUAGGGAUAAGGUCAAGGCCAGCCAUGGCCAGGAUGCCCCGGUAGUACUGACCCACAUCUGUGCCUCUCCAAACUCCCUCAGGUAGGCCAGCGUGGUGACCUGAGGAUCUGAAACUGUGAGGGGCAAGUGGACAAGCAGGGCUGGAGCCUGGUGGGUUCAGGAGGCCAGGUCCAUGAGAAUCCACAGCUAGAAUCGGGGGCCCAGGAAGCAGAGCCCCGAGAGGGAGCCAACGUGCACAGUGCAAAAAGUGCAGAAGCAAACGUGCUGGGGGAGGCAGGCUGUCCCCACCCCAGACGUGCAGACAAAGAUGUCUCCUGAGAAACUGAGAUCAUGCAGCCCCAGCCAGAGACCAACCAUUCCUCUGCAAGCCUGGAGUGUUUCCUACCCUCAGCUUCACCCAGUAAGAACUUGGGGGUUAGGAUUGGGGGGAGGGAGGAUCUAGGCCACCUUCCCCAGGAGUCCAAAGCUAUACUCAGCUCAGAAGUUUGUGGGCAAUUUACUGGUUCUCAUGGGCCCCCACUUGGGGCCUGACCCCAGCCCAAAGCAAGACCAGGGGACUAAAAGCACCCAGCCCCGAACAAACUGCACAGGACUGUUGGAAUUUGGAAAGUUUUGUUUUCUUUUCCCACACAUUUCCGGGUUUGGGGUGUUUUCCAAGACUCAGACACAUUUGUUAACAAAGAGAAAAAAAAAACCUGGGGGAGCAGGGAGCCUAUAGGCCAAGAGAUGACUCCAGCCA